AUGGCGGUGGUGUUCCAGGAGAAGCACAAAGACGGCGCGAUCCAUUUCCACGUUGCUGCGAAGCUGACUAGGUCGGGCCGUUUCCAGCAGGCCAAGCGCACUCUGCGUGAGCGCCAUUUGUUGCCGAGCCAUUUCUGUGGUUCCCACCGGCGAAUGUGGAGCGCCGUGAGGUACGGGUAUAUGGAGACCCCAGCCAAACCAGAUGUCGACGACGCCCCGUGGGUGUGGCAGCCAGACUGGGCCGGGUUCGCGCGCGAGAACGACGCCAUCGACCUCUUCGAGAUGUCGCAGGAGCCAUACAUGGCAGGCGUGUGGGUGAAGCGCCGGGAGGCCACGGACAAGGCAGCCGGGGCGAUGAGCACGAAGACGACGUUCGACCUCGUAGACUCGACCUCGACCAUCAUCGCCAAGCACUUGUGGGCGAAGGGCAGCCUGAUGGCGUACGUCCAGGACCGCGGGACGAAGGCCAUGCAGCGGUUCGUCCGCAGCCGAGUGCGCAAGCUGACGGCGGACCUUGAGGAGACGAAGGAGUGGGCGUCUGCCCGCGAGAACGCGGCCUUCGUGGCGGUGGACGAUUGGACGCUCGUGUGCCGCUGCGCUGAGGAGACAUGUCCCCAUGGCCCGGCGUGCUCGUACAGGUCAGCCGUGGAGACCAUCUUCUCCCGCAGCGCCGCUUCUUUUCGACGUUCGGAGCUCGCGGCGACUCUGCGGGACAUUCUGAUGGUCGGCCCGAAGAAGACGACGAGGGUGCCCUUCCUGGUUUCCCAGUCCUUCAACGACGGGAACAAGGACGUCUGCUGGAACCACGGCGCCGUUUUCACGGGCAAGCUGGAGGGCCUCUGGGGGACGACGAAUAAGGUGGGUGCGGAGGACAUCCGGCACAUGCAGAACCGCGCGAGGCAGUUCCCAUUCACCUCCGUCUUGUCGGACGGCUCUUUGCAGGACGUACUCUCGUGUGCCCCGUGCAUGACCGCGUGGAUCGUCCGGGAGGCGGCAAAGUUCGACGCCGUCGGCGUUUUCCGCCCGGCGCCCGCUGCGCCGGUCGGGGCAGACGCGGGCGUGCCGCCUGCGAGCGGCUUCGACGACCUCAUGUCCGACGCGCGCAUACCCCGCGCGCAGGCAGACGCCUUGCUGGCGGAUGUCCGCGCGAUGGGCGCGGUUGCCGUGGACGAGGUGCUCCCCGCGGACUGGGUCCGUCUGAAUUCGCGGGCCUUGCUGCAGGGUCGCGUCGCCCUGUCGCGAGGCGGCCGCUUGACCGGGAGUGCACCUGGAGAGCACCUGGAGUCCUUUCGAGUUCUGUGGUGCUCUGAGGCUGUUGCGGUGAUCGCCAGCCUUGUAGCGCCCACAGGCGUGGGCGCCGAGGCCGUCGAAACCAAAGCCAUCCGGGGCGCCUUGAAGGCCGUCUUAGCAGGCAAGGACUUGAAACACAUUUCGUUGCGUGAGUGCCACCGCCAGGUCGCUUUGAAACUCGGUUUGCAAGAGCAUGCUUUGGACCAACGCAAGCACGAGUUCAAGAGCCUGACAACCGGGGUCGUUUCGGAAACGCAGCCCGACCAGGGCGCCGCGUCGCCUCUGGAGACCGUGUUGGCUGAGGCCGAGAAGCUGGACUCGUUGCAGUGGGUCUACUUGGUGACCAUAUCGCGCGUCCUGGACGCGACCCUUCCCGACGGCCGCCAGUACCGCGAUCUUGGCGCGAUGAGCCGGGAGGACAUCGGAAAAACAGUGGCCGACGCAUUCAACAAUCCGAAUCCGACUGGGUCCGCGGGCGGCCGCCCUAGGAAGGAACCGGACGGCCAAGCGCUCGUGUCCAUGGCGGUGGUGUUCCAGGAGAGGCACAAAGACGGCGCGAUCCAUUUCCACGUUGCUGUGAAGCUGACUAGGUCGGGCCGUUUCCAGCAGGCCAAGCGCACUCUGCGUGAGCGCCAUUCGUUGCCGAGCCAUUUCUGUGGUUCCCACCGGCGAAUGUGGAGCGCCGUGAGGUACGGGUAUAUGGAGACCCCAGCCAAACCAGAUGUCGACGACGCCCCGUGGGUGUGGCAGCCAGACUGGGCCGGGUUCGCGCGCGAGAACGACGCCAUCGACCUCUUCGAGAUGUCGCAGGAGCCAUACAUGGCAGGCGUGCGGGUGAAGCGCCGGGAGGCCACGGACAAGGCGGCCGGGGCGAUGGGCACGAAGACGACGUUCGACCUCGUAGACUUGACCUCGACCAUCAUCGCCAAGCACUUGUGGACGAAGGGCAGCCUGAUGGCGUACGUCCAGGACCGCGGGACGAAGGCCAUGCAGCGGUUCGUCCGCAGCCGAGUGCGCAAGCUGACGGCGGACCUUGAGGAGACGAAGGAGUGGGCGUCUGCCCGCGAGAACGCGGCCUUCGAGGCGGUGGACGAUUGGACGCUCGUGUGCCGCUGCGCUGAGGAGACAUGUCCCCAUGGCCCGGCGUGCUCGUACAGGUCAGCCGUGGAGACCAUCUUCUCCCGCAACGCCGCUUCUUUCGACGUUCGGGAGCUCGCGGCGUCUCUGCGGGACAUUCUGAUGGUCGGCCCGAAGAAGACGACGAGGGUGCCCUUCCUGGUGGGGCCGUCGAAUUCCGGGAAGAGCACGGUAGUUUACCCUUUCGACGACUUGUUCACUCCGAAACGGGUUCUGCACAAGCCUGCCUUGGGCUCCUCCUUUGGACUCCGGAACCUGGCCAGCGGCACGAAGCGGUUCAUCUUCUGGGGCGACUUCCGGCCGGUUGAGUUCGCCCACGAGAAGACCGCCCCCGUCUCUUUGUUCCUGUCUCUGUUCGUCGGCCAGCACACCGAGAUCCAGGUUUCCCAGUCCUUCAACGACGGGAACAAGGGCGUCUGCUGGAACCACGGCGCCGUUUUCACGGGCAAGCUGGAGGGCCUCUGGGAGACGACGAAUAAGGUGGGUGCGGAGGACAUCCGGCACAUGCAGAACCGCGUGAGGCAGUUCCCAUUCACCUCCGUCUUGUCGGACGGCUCUUUGCAGGACGUACUCUCGUGUGCUCCGCGCAUGACCGCGCGGAUCGUCCGGGAGGCGGCAAAGUUCGACGCCGUCGGCGUUUUCCGCCCGGCGCCCGCUGCGCCGGUCGGGGCAGACGCGGGCGUGCCGCCUGCGAGCGGCUUCGACGACCUCAUGUCCGACGCGCGCAUACCCCGCGCGCAGGCAGACGCCUUGCUGGCGGAUGUCCGCGCGAUGGGUGCGGUUGCCGUGGACGAGGUGCCCCCCGCGGACUGGGUCCGUUUGAAUUCGUGGGCCUUGCUGCUCCCGCUCCAGAAGCGCAGACUUCUUGGGCAGGCAGGCAGCUGGAUUGGCAACCCAGCCAUCCGAGCCGUCUGA